AUGCGUGCAGUUGCCAUCGUACCCUUCGUUCUGGGCCUUGCCGCCGCCAUUCCCACGGGAAAUGACGACAAAGAUCGCCCUCCCGCCGACCAAGUGAAGAUCGUCGACGUCAACUAUGGCGGUUCCGGCUGCCCCAAGGGUAGUGUGACUGACAUUUUAAGCAAGGAAAGAGACGUUGUGACUCUCUUGUUCGACAAAUACGUGGCUCAGUCUGGCCCAGGCAUCGAGGCCAGCAAGAACCGUGCAGCUUGUCAGCUCAACAUCAAAAUCGACCUUCCUCAGGGCUAUCAAGUUUCCGUCGUCCAGUCCGAUUACCGCGGUUCUAUCAGCUUGCCAGAGAAAGUGGAGGCCUCUCUCAAGACCACCUACUACCAAUCGGGAGACGCUCGCACCGUCUCUCGAUCCAUCGAUUUUAAGGGAAAGAUCGAUAAGGAUUACGUUAGGACCGACUACCUGGGGCUCGAGUCUCUCGUGUGGUCCCGCUGCGGCGCUCAAAGCAUGCUCAAUAUCAAGAGCGCCAUUGAGAUCCGGCCCCUGGGCUCACAAAAGCAUGCCCUCAUGACCGUUAGUUCACGUUACGAGUUCUGUCGACCGUUCAACUUUCUGACCGCUGCACUGCAGGUUGACUCAAACGACUUGAAGGUCACUCAGAUCUACCAUUUGCGCUUCCGCAAGUGUAAAUAG